GAGCUGGUGCUCAAAGAGGCCUUUGUGUGGGGCUAUGAAUGGGUGCGAGUGUGCGUGUGGAGUGGUGUUCACUUAAAGCAGCGUAUCCAUGAUUCUGCGAGCUUGAGGUAGGUCACGCAGCCCUCCUACAGCCUCCUGAAAUAUGCCGCAUGUUCAAGUGCAACAGUGUUUGUUCCCCCAGAAGGCCAUAACCUCAGGUUGGGUUCAUCCAUCUACAUUCACAUCCUCCACUGCACCCUGAAGGACCCCAUUCAUUGAGGUACGGCGCACAUGUUUUGUACAGUGGGUCCGUUAUCUAAAGCUGAGGUGGUCCAGCUUCAUGCAGAUUUUCCGCAGCCCACGGAAACGCUGCGUUCAAGUGCCGCGGUGUCCGUUUCCACCACGGGUUCAUUAUCUGGGACUGAAGGACGUCCUGCUGUGUCUGCUGGAUUCUGGGAGAAUCCGCUGUUUCGCCGUGAGAAGCACGUUGUCGUGGAUAGGAAUCCCUCUGUUCCACAGCAUCUCGGAAGGUCUUUGCCAGCAAGGGCAGAAGUGGCCAAAAUGGCAGAUGAGGACCAAGACGGAGUUGCAGAGGAUGACCUGACCACUGUUGAGCCACAUGUGCCCUUUGUCCUGGAGGCUUGGGAGAAGGAAGAGGAGAGCUGGCGGAUGCUAGUGAGCCGGAAGCUCAGGAAACAGUGUGCCUGCAGUUCAGCCCGGACCAAAGGGCUGCUGCUGGGCUUCUUCCCAGUGCUGAGCUGGCUGCCGCGCUACCGCUUCCGGGAGUGGCUGCUAGGGGACGUGAUGUCGGGUGUGAUCGUGGGCAUACUGCUUGUGCCUCAGUCCAUUGCCUACUCCCUGCUUGCGGGCCAGGAUCCCAUCUAUGGGCUUUACACCUCCUUCUUUGCUGGCAUCAUCUACAUGGUGCUCGGCACUUCUCGCCAUGUCUCUGUGGGCAUUUUCGGGGUGCUCUGCCUCCUGGUCGGGCAGGUGGUGGACAGGGAGCUUGAUGCGGCUGGAUUUAACGUGUCUGCUCCCUCUGGGAACCUGACUGCAGGGCUCGCCUGUGACCGCAGCUGCUAUUCCAUCAUUGUAGGUGCGACCGUCACCUUCAUGGCUGGAAUAUUCCAGGUGCUAAUGGGGCUUCUUCAGGUGGGCUUUGUGUCUGUGUUCCUCUCCGACGCUCUCCUCAGCGGUUUUGCCACAGGUGCCUCCCUCACUAUUCUGACCUCACAGGUGAAGUACCUGCUGGGGCUCAAUCUACCCAGAGCUCAGAGUCCAGGCUCCUUGAUUAAGACCUGGGUCUUACUGGCCCAGAACAUUGGCCAGACCAACAUUUGCGACCUGGUGACCAGCUUGCUAUGCAUGCUUGUGCUGGUACCUGCCAAGGAGCUGAAUGACCGAUUCAAGGCCAAGCUGCGGGCACCCAUUCCCUUCGAGCUCUUUGUAGUCAUCGCCGCCACUCUGGCCUCCCACUUCGGCCACUUUGAGGAACGUUUUGGCUCCAGUGUAGCUGGCAACAUCCCCACGGGCUUCAUGCCUCCCCAGCUGCCAGCCUGGUCCCUGAUCCCCAACGUGGCUAUGGAUGCCCUUUCCAUGGCCAUCAUUGGCUUCGUCAUUACUGUCUCGUUGUCAGAGAUGUUUGCCAAGAAGCAUGGCUACACAGUGGUCGCCAACCAGGAGAUGUAUGCCAUUGGUUUCUGCAACAUCUUGUCAUCCUUCUUCCGCUGCUUCACUACUAGUGCUGCACUGACAAAGACGCUGGUGAAGGAGUCCACAGGCUGCCAAACGCAGCUGUCAUCGCUGGUCACGGCACUUGUGCUGCUGCUGGUGCUGCUAGUCAUCGCGCCGCUCUUCUAUUCCCUGCAGAAGUGUGUCUUGGCUGUCAUCAUAGUGGUGAACCUUCGGGGGGCGCUCACCAAAAUCUGUGAAGUGCCUCAAAUGUGGAGGGUGAACCAUGUGGAUACCGCCACCUGGCUCAUCACCAUGGGAACCUCUGCUCUGGUGAACACAGAGCUGGGCCUGGUUGUCGGGGUGCUCGUUUCGGCUUUCUGUGUGUUGGGCCGGACCCAGCGUGCUCCUGCCGUGCAGCUCGGCCAGGCUGACCUCCCGGAGCUUUAUGAGGAUCUGGCCUCCUACAAGGGGCUGCACACGCACAGGGGGGUGGUGGUCUUCCGCUAUGAGGCCCCCAUUUACUACGCCAACCAGGUCCUGUUCAAGCGAAUGCUUUACCGCCGUGUGGGUCUAGACCCACUUGUGGAAAAGGCUCGGCGUAUGAAGCAGGAGAAGCAGGACAGGAAACGGGACAUGCUGAAGCCAAGUGCCGGGAAGAAGGAAGUGCCCACCUGUGUCUUCCUCCCACAGCACACCUCAUUUCACACCCUGGUGCUGGACUGUGCGCCCGUGCUCUUCUUGGACACGGCCGGGGUGAACGCACUGAAGGAGGUGGCCAAGGACUACAACGAGCUGGGGAUCCGCCUGGUCCUGGCCCGCUGCAGUGCAUCUGUGCUGGACUCCCUGCGCAGGGGGGGCUAUCUGGAUGCUGAGGCUGAGGGCCCCCCCAAGGUGUUCUUCACUAUCGGUGACGCAGUGCAGUAUGCACAGAGCCUGGCGUCGCAGAACGGCAACUGUGAAGCUUCCUGCUAAAAAGUGGAAGGAGGUGGCAUGGGGAGGGGGGAAGGUUAACAGUUGCACAUUACAUGCAUUAAACCAAAAACAGAUAAUGUAUUUAUAAUGAUUAAUUUUAAUAUAUUUAUGCUGUACGUCUAUGCAUACGUCCAGAAUGAUGUCUCUAAACUGGUUGUUUCAGCACAGUGGCUAAAGAGCUUGAGCAAGGAUGUGAAGGGUUAUUCUUUUUCUCUUCUUUUCCUGGUUAAACUGAAUGGGGUUCACUGUGUGUAGGAGUGCUUCCUCACCACUCAGGCCCUCUUUCCAUCUUUAUGUUCAUCUCCAGUCUCUGCUUUUUUACCCUUGUCGGUCUCGUUCCACUUGAACGUAGGCGGUCUGGACCCCCUGUCCUGCCGAGACGUGACGCUCGGCUAACGGCCUUAAUUAAACGGUUCUGGCUGAAUGGACUAAGUGCUUCCAGAGAUGGAAACCGUGUGUGUGCUCCAAUCUCCCUCAGCCUGGUUCAGGGAGCACUGAUUUCCAGUCUGCCCGCAUCAUUCCCUUUACAUAGCAGCUUUUAUAGCUGUUCUGCUGCGAUCGUCUUGCUGGUUCGUGGGCCACAGCAACAGCAGACCAAGCAGAGUCCUGGAGAAACAGCGGUGAAUGUGUAGUUGCUUCCGCUCAGGUGAUCCAAGGGUUAGAAGUGGAACUGGUGGUGUCUUUUUUUUUUUUUUUUUUUUUUUUU